CAAUCGGAGUGCGCGCGUGUGUUUGGACGCUCCGCCCCCUCAGACACGAGCGUGGAGGGAGGCUGGCUGUUGUCAGAUGUUGGAGUGGAGAGAAACUUUGGCAGGCGACCAACAAUGUAGACGACUCGAGAAACUUUAACCAUUUUUACGAGCAGGUUUGCGUGUGUGUACUUGUGUAACAAUCGAAUUACUCGUGUUGGAUUGGUUACAGGCGGAUAUUUCUUGGAGAGGUAGAUGCUUUAGUUAUUUUCUCUAAAUAAUAAUUUAAAAAAAGUUCUUGCAGGCUUAGCUGGAAUCACAAAAGAACUUAGCUGGGUGCUAGCAAAGCACAGCAAGUCGUGAGCUAGCAUUAACGGCACUAGUUUCUCCAAGUGUAAGUCGGAUUUAUAUCUAAACACUUUAGAAGUCGGUAGUUGAAGCGAACCUGGAGUUUAAAAGUGGAAAUUUGGUAGUUUUGGUGAAUAAACUGAGAGAAAACACGCGGCUCUUCUCCUCCCCCUCCUCAUCCUCAUCAUCCUCUUCAUCCUUCUUGUGAGAUCGGGAUGUCGUCCCGCGGGGGUCUUCAGCCUCUCCGAGCUACAGUUCCCUUUCAGCUUCACACCACCACCACCAGCAGCUCCACGAAAACCCCAGCGCCGAGAUGGAGAGAGGCCAAACCGGCUGAGUCCAAGACAAAGGCUCGUCCCCCGAAGCCGAAUCUGAGACGGACGCUUUCCUUGGACACAUUAGUGGGGCCGUACCUCCAGGGCCAGUGGCCCAAACAGCCUGAGAGCCAGACUGUAAACUGUGUCAAUGACAAAGCCACACAGACCCCCAGUUCCUGGGCUGAAGAAAAACGGGGGAGAAGAGGUGGAGUGGGGCACAAGCGCUCGGCAUCAUGGGGCAGCGCCGAGCACCUCCGAGAGGUCGCUAAGCUGAGGCACUCGCUACAGAAGCGCUCCAGACACGCACCUCCUCCUGCUGGCUAUGAGCGCCUUCACCAGCCCUCGCCCACUAUCCAUACACACCAGCCUGGAGCUACACAGACCAUCCCUCUGUUGCCCCUAAGCAGGCUGGCUCCCAGACUGCGGCGCAGCGUAGAGGGGCUUAACCUGGAGCUAGAGGGGGUCUUUGUAUCCGAAACAGCCGAAGAUCAGCACAAGAUUUUGGAAGUGCCAGAUGGUCACAGAGCACCUGUUCCAGUGCAGAGGUGCAGCAGCGGCUCUCAGAGUGACCUUUCACCUGGGCUCCUGUCCCCCUCACAGUCACCGUGCCCUGCAGAACUGUCCGGUAUGGUAGUGUGUGGCCCUCUGGAUCCCUCUCCUUCUCCUCCGUUAUAUGUGAUUGACGCACCGUCCUCAUCCCCCUUCCCUAACAAGACCUACGCUUUCCAGAGAGAGCCUCCAGAAGGCUGUGAGAGAGUGCGUGUGUGCGAGGAAGCCUUUUCUCCAUGCCAUGGUUAUCCCCCGGCUCAACCCUCCUGCCCUGACCCCAACAAAGUGAACUUCACUUCUCAUGGAGGCUCCGCCUUCUGCCCUGUCAGUCUCCUGAAGCCCCUUCUCCCUUCCAUGGACUUGCUGUUUCGCGGCCUGUCAGUCUCACCUGUGACUGCCUGUUCAGGCCAAAACCUCACCUCCUGUCCUACAGCAGCACUUCCUGUGAGUGGAUCCCUGAGUGGGCCCCUCCCAGACUCUACCACAUCCUCCAUUUAAAAUGCUAGGAGAUAUUCGAUGGAGGAAAGCAGGAAGUGGUUCACCACUUCCAGAAGAGCAAUGGACCGAGACUUUGUGCCAUCAAAUCAUAGACCUGACCAAGUAAUGGUUUACCGGUAGUCGUAGCAAGCACUAACUGUUUACUUUUAGAUUAUAUCAGGAGAUACGUGAGGACAGGAAAGACAAUCUGUCACCAAAAGAAAGUAGAAAGAGCUCUGACACACUCAGGACAAACACCCUAAAAUUGUACUUGUGAAUAGACUCACACGGGAAGGUACCAAAUGUGUAUGUGAUGCUGCAUAUGUUCUAUUCUGUCUUGGUUGAAAUAAUGAUUGAUUUCCUUAAGCUGCUUUUAAUUAGGCUUAGUGGGUAUUGAAGCUGUACUUGCAGAGCAAGACUCCAUGUGAUGUCCACCUUAAAACAGAUGCCCCACAUAAUGAGUUUUUUUUUUUAAAUCCAGACAUUCAUUUUGCUCCAUCAAAUUUUGUGUUAUAGAGGUGACAAUCCUAUUUAUUAUUCGUAGUCUCCCUUGGCCUUGAGCUUCACCCUUUCUCAUUCAGCAUUGACGUGCAAUACAAAAUAAGUGUGUGCCCUUUUGUUUAAAUCGGUCAAAUAACAAACUAGGUCAAAAUAAACCUGUUUGGAGUUGACCAGUCAGGUUUAUGUUCACUAAAUGACGUCGGAAUCCUUUUAAUUGAACGUUCGAAACGUUGAAUGAGCAUUUCUUUUCCGAACACAAGUAUAGAUUGACAUCUUUGGCAUUAUCCACAAAGAGCUGGCAUACACGCAUCUGAAAUACGUUUUCUACAUAGUGUUCACCUAAAGAAAAAAAAACUUUCAAAAUGGAAAAAAAGGCACUGAUUUCUUGCAUAUCAAACCCUAUAUUUUUGUAUUUUUGAUAUUCAGAAAGAAUAUUUUUUCUGGUUUGUCUUUUUUUUAUCAGUUAUUAAAAAAAACUGAACUCGUGCAUUUAUCAGGAUAUUUAUCUACAUUAGAAUGUAGCAAGUACAAGGUUGUUAAAGCACUAAACACAGGCAGUGGAAAUUCAGCAUUCGUGUUCAUCAAACAGUAUGUCGGAGCAUGUUUUUAAUUGUUUUGUUUGUUUUUCUUGAAUUCCUGAGGAACUCAAAUGCUCCUGUCAGCAGUCUCGCAGUGGUGGAAGGUUGACUUAUUAAAGAAGCUCGCUCAGUUAUAGAACGUUUUUCGGGAGUAAAACAAAUUGUGCCGGUGUUUGCAGAUGUAUAACAGAUAUACCACUAUACCUUCACUGCAUAAUUUAAUGUCACCGCACAGCAGUAUUUAUAUGUGUAUGUGUUUGUGUGUGUCAUGUGUUCACACAAAGUAGCAGUGCAAACCUUUUUUUUAGAUUUUGUGUUUUGUUUUAUAAAAUGUUGUGCCAUUUUUGUAUGUAGAACUCACGGCCCAGAUUCUCAGGGUAGUUUUGUUCAGAUUUGUUCGGUUGAACUUCAGCUCAAAGUGUGCUGGGUCAGUUCCCCGUUUCUUUAAAAAAAAAAAAAAAAAAAAAAAAAAAGAAUGGUUAUCAGGGUGUUUUGUUUAUAGUGUUGCUUUGCAUCUUUAUUUUUGUUCUCUGAAGAGGUGCUUUGUAAAGUUUUCCCUCCCCUUUUAUUUGUCAUUGUCACAUGCAGUAAAUGUCUCUUCCUUGUAGAUUGGACUGCUGCAUCAAUGUUUGCUUGGACUACUUUUGAGUUUCGUCAGUUUUUGGAUGAUAUAAAAAGAGUACAAUAAUGCAAAA